UAUGUAUAUUCGUGCUCAGAUCAAUUCCGCUCUUGAUGGCGAGUGGCUUCAAGAAGGUUGGACAUGGCAGAGCACCAUGAAGGUGGUGCAGUGCCUGUAAAGACUCUAAUGCUCGAAUUAAAGAGUGAUUCUGGCUGAGUAACAAUAUAUAUUGAAUCUAAGAUCUUACUAGUAAAGGGGAGGAGUCACAUAUUUAUAGGUGAAGAUGGUGGGUUUCGGAUGCGUUAUAGUUACCAAAUCCAGUGGGUUGGGGGUGAUAGACAGCCAUAUUUCGGCGAUAAAGAUGGGGGACUAAUGUUGUCCUAGUUAAGAUCAACGAUCAGGGGCCAUCUAGAGGUUCUUAUAUGACAAGGCGUAACUCAUGUUGUUGCGUGGGCAAUACCUCAUAAAUGCAAUCUGUACCUUCCUGCGUACCAUGUGCUGGAAUGAAUCCUCUAGAUGAUCCGUAGUGAGAUGUUUGCUUGAGCCAACUAGAGGUCGGGUUUCCAGGUUCCUUCUGUCUUAACUGAGGCAUUGUAUCUCGAUUGUCGGGGACAUCUGCGUGGGGCCCACCGAUUUAUGCUUAUCUGGGAUGGGCUGGAACAUAUGCAAGCAAAGGAUGUUGUUAAAGGUAUAAAGAAGCGGAUUGGAAGUAAAGUUCCUAGAGUUCAAAUUCUUGCACUGACGCUGCUGGAGACAAUCAUAAAGAAUUGUGGGGACAUUGUCCACAUGCAUGUUGCUGAGAGAGAUGUUCUUCAUGAGAUGGUGAAAAUAGUAAAGAAGAAGCCUGAUUAUCAUGUCAGAGAGAAGAUAUUGAUUCUUAUAGAUACUUGGCAAGAAGCUUUUGGAGGGUCAAGGGCAAGAUAUCCACAGUAUUAUGCAGCAUACCAGGAGCUUUUGCAUGCUGGCACAGCAUUCCCUCAGAGGUAUGAGCAAUCUACACCUGUAUUUACACCGCUACAAACACAGCCAUUGUCAUCAUACCCUCAAAAUAUACGAGACACUGUUGCUCGGCAAGACACAGCUGAGUCCUCAGUGGAGUCUGAGUUUCCAGCCCUAAGUUUGUCCGAAAUUCAGAAUGCACGUGGUAUUAUGGAUGUUCUUGCAGAAAUGCUCAAUGCAUUAGACCCUGGUAACAAAGAAGGGCUUCAGCAGGAAGUUAUUGUUGAUUUAGUGGAGCAAUGUCGAACAUACAAGCAGAGAGUGGUGCACCUUGUUAAUUCAACUUCGGAUGAGUCACUGCUUUGCCAAGGCCUAGCUCUGAAUGAUGAUCUGCAGCGUGUCCUGGCCAAGCAUGAAUCCAUUGCUUCAGGAACUUCUGCUCAAAAUCAUACUGAGAAACCGAAGCCUGUUCCUACUGGAGCACUUGUAGAUGUUGAUGGUCCUUUGGUUGAUAUUGGAGACACAAGUAAACAAACAGAUGUGAGAUCGUCUUCUAGUGCUGAAGCUGGGUCGCAAACAUUAAAUCAGCUAAUGCUUCCUGCCCCCCCAACAUCAAAUGGAUCAGCCCCCCCUGCAAAGGUUGAUCCCAAAGUGGACCUACUCAGUGGUGACGACUAUAACUCACCAAAAGCAGAGACUUCACUUGCUCUUGUUCCUCUUGGAGAACAGCAGCCAGCCAGCCCUAUGUCUCAACAGAAUGCCCUUGUUCUUUUUGAUAUGUUUUCUAAUGGAAGCAAUGCACCUAUUUCUGUUAAUACCCAGCCAAUUAAUAUUGUUGGCCAAACCAGUCCGUUAGCUCCUCAAUUUCAACAACAGACUUUCAUAUCUCAAGGGGUGUUUUACCCCAACGGAAGUGUGCCAAAUGUGGGGUCACCUCGGUAUGAGCAAUCACCUUUUGCGCAGAGCACAGGUCCUUCCUGGAAUGGCCAGGUUGCGCAACAGCAACAGCCUCUUUCACCAGUUUAUGGUACAGCAAGUGGUGGAUCAUUUCCGCCACCACCCUGGGAAGCACAAUCUACAGACAAUGAUAGUCCAGUAGCAGGCAGUCAAUACCCACAACCACUGCAAGUCACUCAAAUGGUUAUGACGCGUUUACAAAGCGGUGCACAUCCUCAGGGACCUCAAGCAAUGGGGCAUGACCAAGCUGUUGGAAUGUAUAUGCAGCCAAAUGCUGUCCAUAUGUCAACCAUCAAUAACCAUGUUCAAAGCAAUCAAUUAGGCUUGUACCCGCAAAAUAUUCAGGGUGUUGCUGGUUCCUAUAUGGAUAUGGUUUCACAUCAAAUGCAUAAUAGUCCUGUGGCUUCCAUGUAUCCUCAACAGAUGUAUGGCAACCAAUUCGGAGGAUAUGGCUAUGGUCAGCAACCAAGGGUUCAGUAUGUUGAGCAGCAAAUGUAUGGUUUAUCUGUCAGAGAUGAUGGUGCUCUGAGAAAUUCUAACCAGGUUUCUUCUACAUCCUAUGUGCCACCGGGGAAGCCUUCCAAGCCAGAAGAUGAGUUAUUUGGGGACCUUGUUAACAUGGCAAAAGUGAAACCAAAAUUUACUCCUGAUCCAACUGGUAGCAUGUAAAACUGUGAUUGGGUUUGCAUUUUUCACCUGUUUGCUAAAUCUUUUCCUCUUUUUUCUUCAUUCUUUUCAUUUUAGUUUUACAUAUAUUAAAAUAUAAUAAUAUAUGUACAUUAUUUAUUGUUAUUGCUCCAUAUAGUGUUGCUUGUUUGGCAAUUGACAAUAAAUUAUGUACAUUUUUCUAGAGAAAAUACUGAACAUAGGGAGAAAAAUAGAGAGAACAUCCUAUGGGUUGAACUGAA